AGAGCGGGAUAUGACUAGGACUAACUCUAUCUCUGCACCUCUAGGGCUACACUUCUAGGACUAACUCUAUCUCCACCAAGUACGGAAAAGCAAAGAUGUUCUUGUCCACCCGGAGUAACUACUGUGCAGCCACUUCCAUGCGCGGGCAGCUUGCUGUGUGGUCGUUGAAGCAGCUUUCGUUUAAGGCCAGCAGAUUUUCACUACCCCAUGUGGACCGGGUGAGUGCGAGUGGAGCCCCCCUCCGCAUGGACUGAGUUACCCCCGCAUGGACAGAGAAAAGGGUAACUCAGUCCAUGCGGGAUACUGAAAAACUAGCGUUAAUUCUUGUCGUUCAGCUACAGCGACUCGGCAUGGCUGGCACAUUUUCAAUGGCGACGUAGGUGCCAAGAAAAGCACCAGAGGACAACCACGCCAUCGAUGGUUCUUGUGCCGCUCUUGGUCAUCUUCGGGUGUUGCCUCGGUUGCUGAUCCUGUCGAUGCGAGUGCGACGCGCACACAGACCGAUGCUCAGAUUAGUGGGACCACUCAAACUUACGACGCUUUUACCUCCGCGCCGAAACUACUACUUGAAGUAGAUGAAGCCACUACUGGCACUCAAGAAAAAUCCCCUUGAUCUUCACACUUAAAGCAACACGACUUGUUGAAGAAGCCACUGCUCCUAGUACUCAAAAAUUAUCACAAAAGACCUGCUUAAAAAACAUUUUUCACACUUUUGGGACUAGAAGAAGCAAGCACUCGACAAAAAAUUACCACAAAAGACCUGCUUAAACUUUUUUCUGGUCACUUACUCUUGGCAAUGCAGUUGUUUGCUUUCUAAUUCCAAACAAGCGCGGCAGCUACAGUGGCAGUGGAAGCAGGCACAGUACCAAUCGAGAGAAAUGUGUAUUCUGGUACUGCAGAUGGACUUAUACUUAUGAUCAGCUUUUAUCCAUCUUUCUCGGCAUCUUGGUCCUCUUUUUCCUUGUAUAAUGCCUAUGAUAUGAUACAAGGGCAAUAAAGGGGUCGAGAUGAGGGGACCGAGAUGGAUUAAAGCUGAGUCUAAUCUACUCAAGAAAGGCCUGGGCUUCAUUCAGCCUGACCAGCGUUUCAAGUCCGCGUCGGGAAAGAUAUGACUUAUUAUAAGGAGUUAAAUACGACAAGAAGAUGAAGAACAGGCCCUCUUCUUCUUUAGUACUUAUUUUGUGAAAUUGAAAUGAAAGGAUACAACGCUGCACCAAUAAAAAUGAGUACUCAAAUAAUUAUAUCUGUCGCACAUGGACAUAAUAAUAGUUUUUCAACUACAUAUCUUUCUAGUCCUUUCUGACAAUAUAAUCUGCUGUGACGUCAACUAUAUCGCUUAGAUGAACUCAGCGGGAUUUGCGAAGUACUCCUUACAACCAUCUUUCAUGAACUACGAGUCUUCUCUUCUUCUUGGAACAUGUCGCUGACAGAAGAAUUCCGGAGAAGGGGGAUCGCGUCGAAUUUCAGGUCAGAGAAAACGAUCGGAACCAAGGGGAAUAUCUAGCCUUCGAUAUAAGAGGCGGAUCGGGGAGAGAAUGUUAUGUCCAGACCCAAUGAAGUAGUAGUAUACAACUUCAUCUUCGAAAGGAUGGAGCAUGUGAUCUGACUCUGUACCUUUUAGCGGAUCACUCGGCUGGAUCUAGUAUGAGGAGGAAGAUGCUGGAGGGAGUGGGAGUAUCCAGCAGGGCUUGUUUUUUGCAGAAAGGUCAUUUGAGGUUGACUGGUUAAAAACCAGCGCGUAGUCCGGUUUCUUUAUGACAAUCUACAAUAUAAAUAUCUUCUAAACAUUGCUCGAGAGAGAAACAAGAAGCAAGUGGCAGCAGCGACGAGAACAUCCACAACGGGAACGGCAAUACGAUUAUGCUAGACCGGGUUACUAAGGCAAAGGGCUGCUGUGGUCACGAGAUGAUGGACGUCUAUUUUUACUUGCAAUGAAGGAACACCAAAUCGACGAACAACGCGAACUGUGCAUAUGGUUCGGUGAUAAGAAUUGCGAAGCCUCUAUACAGCAUCUCUCUCAGCAAGUCAGAACUUGAUGAAGGGUCCUAGAGAUCUAGCUUUUGACUUCCUGGAGAUUUCAGCACGAUAGACAUUAACAGCAGACUCCUGAGGUAAAGGAUACGAUUGAAAAAAUGAAAAAGCCAGGAGGGAUUAGGUCAUGAGGGUAAAAAUGAGAGCUCUUCGUAGCUGGUAAAGAGACGCUGGUAAAGGACGAUGAGAAAACUCUCUGUGGAGUUGGAGGUCGAUGAAAUAUCUCCAGCAGAGCUGCCUCAAGAUUAGUACGUCCUUACACGAACUACACGACGGACAGAAUAAGUCCAAAAGAAUGAGGUUAAAGAAGUGAUGAGAGAGUAGACCUCAAGAAGAGAGUCUUUUUCUACUCUUCUGUUAGAAGUGUCUCUAUCUAUAUCUCAACGCAGCUUCCACCACCACGAAGGAAUACCUGGCUCCUCUCGUCGUUUAUCAACA